UUCUGGUCAACAUGUCUUCAGAAUGCUCCUUCAGUAAGGUGUCCUAUGUGAUCUUUUUUGGACUUAUACUAGCAGGUCUUUGGGCUGCUUUCAUUUGGGUGAUGCUGGGCAAACACCCACCAGUGAUUCCACCACCUUCAAGUGCUCCAUCAAUUCCAACACCUACCCACUGCCCCUGCCUUAACAAUGGAAUUUGUCAGAAUGGAGUUUGUUUCUGUACAGAUGAGUGGAAAGGAGAGGUUUGUGAGAUUGCAAACUUCUGUAAUAGUAGCACCAGUGUGUCCCUCACAUUUGACAGGAUACUGAUUGGCUAUUCAGGCUACUCCAAGGAGGAAUGCGAGGAAAACACUGCAAAUG